AUGGGUGAUGAUGGAGGCAAAGGAACUUCGGCAACUGAAACACCGGACGUUAGUCCUGGUGCCAGUUUCCAAGUUUUUGUUGACAUGGCAAAUCUGCACAAUAAAUUGAAAUUACUUAACUACGACGACGAAUACGUGGUCAAAUGGCGUAUGAAACCAAUAUCGCGCAUUCAUUUUGCCGUGCAAACCAAUGCAGGAGAUCAAUUACAUGCAUUCAUUGCAUUAGCCGCAUGGCUAUUUCAAAAAGGUGGCACUAAAUUCGACAAACCAAGCGAGGAUGACGAUCAAAGUGUACUUCUAGCAAAUAUUAUUGCACAGUUUAAGAAAUUAGGUCAUGAUGUAAAUGUUAGUGCGAAUAAACUUCGAGCAGGAUCUGGUGAACCUGUUGUUUUCAUUCUCAAUCGAUUGGCUGAUGACGCUUUGAAGAACAGUGGUUUUACAUGGCGAUCACCUGAAAAACCUGAUGAAUUACCUGAUGCAGAUGACGCAGGUGAAAAAGACGACGAUAAUGAAAUCGAUGUAAACAAAAUCGAUGAAGAAAUGUUCAAUAAAGACAAUGAUCAGGAUGAAUACGAAGAAGACGAAACGAUCUUGAAUAUGGAAGCAUUGACAAAAUUGGGUUUAAAAUCGAAUUCUGUCGGUGCAGCUGCGAUGUCCGAACCGGAAAUUCGUCCGGAAUUGAUCAUGGAGUCGACAACUGAUGCGACGGAAUGGAAACUCGAAGUUGAACGAAUUCUUCCUCAACUAAAAGUUACAUUUAAAGCCGAAAAUAAAGAUUGGCGCGCACGACAAGAACAGCGUUUAACCUACAAAACACAAAUCGCCAGUUCUUUGAAAGACGCUGAACAAAUGUUAACACGAUUUCAUACAGAUAUCGCUAAAUCUUUGGAAGAAAUCGCUACACGUGAACAUUACAUAAAUUCGCAAUUGAGUGAUCAUGUUCAAGAAUUUCAUCGGCAACAAAACGAAUUAGCAUUAGCUAAACAACACUACCGACAAUGUUCAACUGGCAUUACAGAGAAAUCUCAACAGUUAGCUCAGAUUACAGCCGAACUACAAAGAAUCAAGGAAGAAAUGGAAGAAACAGGCCAGAAUGUAACAGAUGGAGGUCCAUUGGUUCGAAUCAAAAAAGCCAUCGAAGAGUUAAAUCGGGAUAUUGUUCGUGUCGAUGUUCGAAUUGCGGUACUCGAGCAUACGUUGAUGCAAUCGAAAGUACGAGAAAAGGAAGAAGCCAACGACGAAAAAGCUGAUUUUCUUCUGAAUGAACCCGAUUUUGAUUGA